CAAUCCGACAAUGAUAAAUGAAUUGAAAGUAUCCCAAGACAUACAAGCAUUUCAAAAGGACAUCGCGCUUGAUAAAUUACCCUCGAUAAUAGUUCAACAAGCUCGUAGGAAUGUAAUCAUCGUCGACGAUGCAUCGGAUGGACAUGCCGUUGAAAAAACACUGAAACAGACAGCCGACGUGUUCAUGCAAAAUAUGAACAAAAUCUCUAGAAUGAACAUUAGAGCUGACGAGAAAUCAUCAGGUCUGAUUGAAUCGCCUUUAAUCAUAUCUUCGGAAGUUGCGGAGUCGUUCGUGGAUACGCUGCCGAAAGUAGAAAAUUCAGAGAAUAUCGGGAUACAGAAUAUGCAGAUGGAAAUUCCAUCGUUCACUCCGUUGGAAGCGACUGCUAUAUCGUGCGUCCUCGAGGAAUGUUUAGAUCAGCUCGCCAUAAUAGGAUUCAUGAUUCCAGCCAAAGUUGAUCCACGCUGGGACGACACGUUUAAAACGAUCGACGAAACAUAUGGAGUACCUGACGAACCUAGAACGAUCUUCAGGGAAGAAAUGGGUUUCUUACCAAUCAUACCUACGAAAGCUGAAAAAAUGCAGAGAGAUAGGAAUUAUGCGUAUAAAGUCCUCGAGAAUGUCCUUCGCGACAUAAACAAUGGCAGAUUCGAUAGUUUGCAAAAAGAAGUUGAGAAUAUCAUAAAGAGACAGGAAAACGAACGCAAUCUCGAAGAAAACGUCAAGAUCAAGCUUAGUCAAGCUCAGGAACUUCAGGAAUUGCUGGAAUCCAACAAGAAAGUUAAUGAAGAAGACCAAAAAGAGAUGAUGAAACUCGCACAGGAAAGCGACGCGAAAGUCGACCAUGCGAUAUUUUUAAAUAGCGGAAAAUUAGGCUAUGCGGAAAAAUGGGCAAAGGCUAGACUGGAACAGCAGGAACUCAAAUUGCAUCUACAAAAGAAAGAUAUGUUAAAUAAAUUAAGCGACUACUCGAAGGAACAUAACGCGGAGCAAAUUAUAUCAACGGAAAUGAACGCUUAUUUAGAGGCAGACAUUAAAGAGAAAGAAGAACAGAUAGUUAUGUGGACAAAGAAAUAUAACGAGGAAAUUGUGGAACGGCAGCAGGAAAUCGACGACUUAAAGUUUCUUAUAGAAGAACAAAAAUUAAAGAUAGAAGAAAUGCGAGCUUUAAUAGAGAAACGGCAAAAAUUGAUCGACGAAUGUGAUAUCGAAGAGGAAAGAUUGUGGGAAGAAGCAAAGCUGAACAGAGCUGCAACUAUUAUUCAAUCGAUAUGGAGAGGUCAUAUGGUAAGGCAUCAAUUAGGUAAAUACAAAAACCUUCAAAAACGAUUGAGAAAACGGAAGAAAUUACGCGAACAACGAAAGAGAGUUUUGUUAAAAGAAAAGAAAAAUAAUAAUAAAUCUAAUGUCAAACAGAAAGCUUAUAGAAAAUGUCAAUGCUUGAGCAAAAAGUUCAACGUUUUGUUUGAACGCGCUUAUACUUUCUUUACAUGUACGCUAAUAAUGUCUUCUAUAUAUCUCUGUAGUGGUAUAUAAAUUAUUCAAAUAUAUUUUUAAACAAA